AUGGCUGUAGAGAACUUCGUGUGGCAGAGGACCUUGGGUAUUGUCAAUUCCAUGAAUGCAUUCAGGUGGGCUGUGGCAGCAGGAAACAAGCCGGCUCGGUAUGGUGUGCAGCACAUCCGUAAUACCCAAGGCAACAAACGGUACGAACCCGGUAUGACCUCACCAGCCUUCGUGCACGGCGUUAUGUUUGGUGAGAAAUGGCCAAAGGUGGAGGACGAUGCCGACCCUCCCGAGUACCUCGAGAAGAUUGUCCUCGUUUGA